AUGAAAUUAAAAGAUUAUUUAAAUUCUCUUGUAUCAAGAAGAAAAAGUAAUUCAACGGCCAAACCUCCGAAAUUCAAAAUACCUCAAGAAACACUAUCCGCAACUGACUGUCAUUACGAAAUUUGUGACUCUAGCGUGCUGAAAAAGUUUGCAAGCAAUGAGCAUCCGAACCGAACAGAAUUCUUACUCAAUCAGCAUGCACAGUUAGUCAAUGCCAUCGUUGACAUUCAAUCGCAAACAAAUUCAUGUUCACAUUCUCGAACGGCACCUUCCAGUUGUCACUAUGCGAAUACAUUAUCAACGUGUCAUAUUCAUCACGAAUAUCCAUAUCAGUCACAAAUAUCGACGAGUAACAAUUCUCUUUAUACGAAAACGCGACAACGUACGAAAAUUCGAACGAAUCCAUGGAUUUACAAGAACUAUCAAUCUCAGUCGAAACCGUGCACUGCAAAUCCGCCGAAUUCGACAUCCGGUCUUAUUCAUUCCGAGUCAUUUCCACAAACGCUGGCAAAUGGGAUUACACGUUUGACUAAUCCAUCAAAUCGAAAUCUUCAUCAAAGUGACAGCGGACACGGAUUCUCUCUAUCGAGUUCAAGAAUAAUCGAUUCAUCAUCGCCUGACAAUACGAGUAAUGAUGGAAUUUUGCGCGAUGAGAAACAUAGUGAACAGUGUUCGUUACCGAAAACGAUUCCGUCGGACCAAAAGCGCAAGAGUAAAAGAUCGUCGCAUUCUCGGUAUCAACGUCCGUCAAAUGUGCGUGUCUCUAGUCCGAAGAAAGUUUACAUGAACCGGCAAAGUCAAAUACGAAAUUCGUCGCCUCGAUUAGUUAAUGAUCAUUUUUCCAUUCAGUUCGAAGAAGUUGUCGAAAACGAACGUUUACAUCAACAGCGUUCGCCAACACACCAAAAUCCGUUUAUUCUACCAUUAGACGAACUGUAUACGACUUCGACAUCUCCGUCAUCGGCGCUACAUUCGACAAACUUGAAAAAAUCCGAUUCUCGUGCGAUUUUAAAGCAUAUAGAAGAAAUCGAAAAUGAAAUUCAACUCAUAACCAAUCUCAAUCUUGAACAAGAAGAUCAAAUGCUCUCAUCGAAUGACUUUACCAAAGAGAACAAUCGGCAUUCGAUUCACGAACAAGUCGAUCAAUGGAUUGAACAAUGUCUAACAAUUCCACAAAAUAAUCCUAAUUCAUUAUUACACAUCGAAUGCGAUCAUCUCUCUAAUACAAUCAAAGACUAUGUGACAUGUAUAUAUCCGAAUGAGAAACCGAAAUCGACAGAAAUGAUGACAGCGUUUUACUUAAGUGCGACGCCUCCACCGCCACCAAAACGAACCAAAUCACUUAUUGGUCAAUCGUUACAGAUAGUUAACAAAGAUUGCAAAUCUACGCAUGAAUGCCCUUUUUGA